AAGAUAACGUCAAUACAAACACAGAAGUUAUGGAAGAAAUCGAAAGUAGAAAUAACGAAUUACAAGAAGAUAGUAAAAUGACUACCAGUCCGAAUGGCGCAGUAACUUCAACGCAAAAAAAUAUAAAAUCUGAACCUACGCAAGAAAAAUCAUGGAAAAAAAUAUCAGUGAAAAAGUAG